UCUCCUGGUCUCAGCGGUCCCCCUUACCAAAUAUGGUAAAAUACGUCAUGUCAUCUCUGCGCACAACAACGGAAAAGUCGUCCGUUUAAUGUCUGGCUAUUCAGGGGGGACUGCUGAGACCGGGAGACAGCUGAAGCCGCCACACCGGUACAUUUGCAAACGCGCCCCGAGAUCUCCAUCGAGUAUUGAAGUAGUACACCUCACAAAGCUGGGAGGGUUUCAACCCCAAAAGGCACACCCACUCUUGCUGAUCUCGGGCGUUGUCAAUGUUUAGUUGUAGAAAUCCGACUGUCUCGCUUCGACGUCUUCACGGCAUCAUGUUCUCCAUCAAGGUGGUGGUGCUUUUCGUCUCUUUUGCUCACGUCAUUGAGGUUGGACUGAGUGAUGAUUCGAAGCAAGAUAGACACCUGGAGGAUCUACUUAAACGAUUCAUUGAGGCUCGCAACUCCAAACGUUUUGACAAGGCUGACUUGUUUGGCAGAACGUCGGGGAUACAAGUUGAUGCAGAGGUUAAGAAACUAUAUGACGACAUAAAACUCCUUCAUGCCUACCCGUGGGCCAUCUUUAAGAUCAAUCGACAGAAGACUCGAGUGAUUGUCGACACCAAGGGUGCCGGGGGCUACAGCGACUUCCUAAAAGCUCUGACGACAUCAGGGGAGCCACGAUACGGCAUUUUUGACACUCCCAAGGAAUGGGGUGGGGAAAAACUUGCUUUCAUUUUCUGGUGUCUUGACGAUGCCAAUAUGGGACUCAAAAUGAUUUACGCCUCCUCUAAGGACGACUUGAAGAAACAAUUUGAAGGCAUCAUUAUAGAAGUGCAGAUAAAAAACAGGAACCAAUCAAUCAAGGAGGAAUCAAUCAAAGAGAUCGCGAAGCAUGCCUGAAGCCUGCUUGCUGGCAGGCCAUGAAGACUUCAACGUCUCUGUUACCGUACAAUGUUUGAAGGGGCAACAGGGAUCAUACUCCCGUCAUUAAAUUUAUUUUAAUUGAUUGAAAUUAUAUGGGCAUACAUUAUAGAGACUGUAUUUAAUCAACACUAAUUUGAUGAACUGUGAUGCACGCGGAGUUUUGUUUUCAUUUGAGAUUUUCAGGGUUUAAAACGUCAAUUGAUUCCCGUUUGGGAUGUAUACCAAAACAUUACCCUAUAAAAGUAGUGGGUUCUGCGAGAAAAAGAAAUUUCAAGUUGUUUACACUUUUGUUUGUCAUUUAGGAUUCAUUAAAUGACAUCAAAAUAGUUGGCUUUGUAUGUAGAAGUACGCAAAUUUAAAUUUCUGGAAUAACAUAAUUUAAUAGAUUACAGCCUCUUUAGAUACAGCAAAAAAGUUUUUAAAAAGUUUGCCUUACUCUGGCAUAUGUAUCAUCUCUAGACUGAGAACCGUUAAAGCGUAUCUAUGGCACACUUAUCUCAGGAGGUGUUGAAUAGAUGGAGAAAACCGCAAAAACUUUUAUAUGUCUUUCAAUUCUUUAACUAUUAUUUUAUUUUACUAAUCUAUUUCUUCACCCAAGGUUUAUUCCUUAUAAUCAGUUUAUUUUCUUUCGAGGUAGAUGUUAUGUUAAUAUUAAUAUAUUAAUAUAAAUGCUUUUGGUUUUGUUCUGUAUUGGUUUUUUGGCCGAUUUCGGCUAAACAACGGCUAAUUUCACCUUAUACACACUUCUCUGUGUAUUUUGAAUGAAUAAAAGAUUGCACUUUA